AUGUUAUCACAUCACAAAACCUUCACCAAUGCUGCUCCUCCAAAAUCUAAUAUUUAUUCUCCGUCAUCUCACUCUUCAGAGGAUGGAACAAUUUUUGAAUUGUGUGGAUUUUCAUUUUCUUCGAUAGCUCAAGCAAAAACAUUUAUUCUUUCCAGAUCAUUGGGCAUGAACCCACAACAAGAGGAAUGGCAAAAAGUUUUUCAAACCGUGAAGCUUCUCAAUCUUCAUCAAAAUAGUAUACCUAAAAUGGAUGGGCUCUCUGAUUUUGUAAAUAUUCAAGAACUCAAUCUUUCAUCGAAUAAUAUCGAGAAAAUUGAAGGAUUAAAUUGCUUAGAACAAUUACGAGUUUUGAAUUUAUCGGCAAAUAGAAUAACGAAAGUGGAGGGCUUGGGAGAUUUGAAAAAGUUGAGAAAAUUGGUAUUGUCUUUUAACAAAAUUUCCUCUUUGGAAGGCCUUCAUUUUCUUCAUGGACCACAGUAUAAUCUUCAAUAUUUAGAUGUUCGUGGAAACAACAUUGAAAAUCUUAAUGAGCUCACCUUUAUUUUUGGCCUUCACAAAAUUAGAGAAUUGUAUUUUCAAAAUGGAAUUGAUGGAUCAUUCAACAAUCCAGUUUGCAAACACGAUCGAUAUCGACCCAUUUUACUUAGUCGAUUAGCGUUACGAGAGCAACCAUCUGGAAGUUUGGAAAUUAUUGACGGUUUUAAAAUCAGUAUUGUAAAGGAACAAUCACAACCAUCUAAAAGACAAAUAAUACUCAACUAUCAACAUGGAAACACAACAUCGGACGAUGAAGAGUUUGAUGGCAGUGAUACCUUAACUUCUCCCUACGUGAGCAAAUAUGUAAAAUAUCUGAAAAAUUCGGAACAAGAACAACUCGAAACAGCCACCGUCCCGCAGGCACUACCACCACAAAAUAGCAACACGAAAACACCACUAAGGAAUGAAACAGUUGAAGUUGCCAUUUCUACCCAUGAAAAAACGAAGAGCAGAGCAAUGGCUCAUUGGGGCAGUGUAGUACAAACGACAGUGUUGAGACAAUUUCACAAUUUAUUGGUCAAAAAAGACCACUCCUAA